UACCGACAGGCCCCUGUAGUCAGCGUAAUUUGUCGCGUUUCCCUUGGUCAAUAGAUACGUGAAAGUGGAUCUUUCCGCAGAUGAUCCUUUUCCUGCUCGUAGCUCGUACUCCAUCGCUAAUUGAGUACCGUACAUUCGUCCAGGAUCCGAUUGGAAGCCCUAAUUGAUUUCGAUCAAUUUUGUGUGGGUGUUUUUUUUUUUUUUUCAUAAAUUCAAUCUCAAGAUGCCUCAGAAGAACGGCGCCGAACAGCCGGAUACCAGCGGCUCUAUGCCAAAAUUGCAGCGUACAAAGAUUACCAAAUCCUCUGAUGACAACGAGAAAAAGAGCUUGGCUAAGAAGCUUAAAGAUUCAGAAAUUUGUAUUCCCAUUGUGUAUGGUAACAUUGCUUUCUGGCUUGGUAAGAAGGCGAGCGAGUACCAGUCACAUAAAUGGACAGUUUAUGUUCGCGGAGCGACAAAUGAGGACCUUGGAGUGGUGAUAAAGCGUGCUGUUUUCCAAUUGCAUUCGAGUUUUAAUAAUCCCACAAGGAUAGUGGAUAGCCCUCCUUUCGAGCUAUCGGAAUCUGGAUGGGGUGAAUUUGAAAUCGCCAUUACCCUUCACUUUCACAGUGAUGUUGGCGAUAAACCAUUGCACCUGUAUCACCAUUUGAAGUUAUACCCCGAGGACGAGUCUGGUCCGCUGUCCACUAAGAAGCCCGUUGUUGUGGAAUCUUAUGAUGAAAUUGUUAUUGCGGAGCCUUCUGAGGCUUUGUUUGCCCGGGUGCAAAAUUAUCCUGCCGUAAUUGUACCUAGACUGCCUGUGGGCUUUACUUUGCCUCCUGUGCCUAUGGAGGAUCUUGACAAUAGGAACAAAGGUGAUACCAAAGAUCAUCCUCUGAACCAGUGGUUUACCAAUUUCUCCGAGGCAGAUGAGCUAUUAAAACUUGCUGCAGCUCGGCAGCAGGUACAAGCACAUAUUGCGAGACUCAGAAGGCAGUUGACUUUGAUUGAUGGACAACACCAACAGUUGAAAGCAGCAGCACCUGAUAUUUAUCUUCAGCAGGGAUUCUGUUUUUCCAGUUGGUGAGUCUAUGAUGGAAGUUCAAAACGGUUUAAUAGUAUUGACUUCCAAGGCUUAGACGUGGCUAAUAGGUAGUUGACAUAUGCAGCAAAGAUGCAAAUCCCUGUUCUGUUGUUUCAUUUGCUGCUCAACAUUUUGCAGCCCCAAUGAGUGCAUAUCCUGAAAAUUCUGUGUCCUAUAUGAUACUUGUAAUGUUUAACCUUUCCGUUUCUUGAAUAUUUGGUUUCUGCUGAUCUGACUAAUAUUAUCUGCU